GGAACGGAAGUCGCGUGUAUGCGCCCGUAGUGGCGGUCUGCUGAGGGGUCCGGACCAGCCGGCAGAGCGUCAGCUGCGGGACGCUGCGCCCCUCGGCUGCGGCAGAGAUUGGGCUGUUUAGUGCCAUGCAUCCUUUACAAUGUGUCCUCCAAGUGCAGAGGGCUCUGAGGUGGGGGCCGUUGGCCUCUGUGUCCUGGAUGUUGCUCAGGACCUGCAGGGAACACAGCAGUCUCCCCAGUACCACAUGUCCCAGUCCAGAGAGGCAGGAGGAUGGAAUUCAGAAGGAUUUCAGCUCCAGACUGGCCACUGGACCGACUUUUCAACAUUUUUUAAGAAGUGCCUCAGCUCCUCAAGAGAAGCUGUUUUCUCCAGAAGUGGAGGACCCACCCCCCUAUCUCACAGUGGAUGAACUUCUAGGAAGGCAGAGAAAAGUCUACUUUGAGACCUAUGGUUGCCAGAUGAAUGUGAACGACACAGAGAUAGCCUGGUCUAUCUUACAGAAGAGUGGCUACCUGCGGACCAGUCAUCUGCAAGAGGCUGAUGUGAUCCUCCUUGUCACAUGUUCUAUCAGGGAGAAGGCUGAGCAGACCAUCUGGAACCGUUUACAUCAGCUUAAAGCCUUAAAGACAAGGCGGCCCCGCUCCCGGAUGCCCCUGAGGAUUGGGAUUCUAGGCUGCAUGGCUGAGAGGUUGAAGGAGGAGAUUCUCAACAGGGAGAAAAUGGUGGAUCUUUUGGCUGGUCCAGAUGCCUAUCGGGACCUUCCUCGGCUGCUGGCUGUCGCCGAGUCGGGCCAGCAAGCUGCCAACGUGCUGCUCUCUCUGGACGAGACCUACGCUGAUGUCAUGCCAGUCCAGACGAGCCCCAGUGCCACUUCUGCCUUUGUGUCAAUCAUGCGAGGCUGUGACAACAUGUGCAGCUACUGCAUCGUUCCUUUCACACGUGGCCGGGAGAGGAGUCGGCCUGUUGCUUCCAUUCUGGAGGAAGUGAGGAAGCUUUCUGAGCAGGGGCUGAAAGAAGUGACACUUCUUGGUCAGAAUGUUAAUAGUUUUCGGGACAAUUCAGAGGUCCAGUUCAACAAUACAGUGUCUACCAACCUCAGCCGUGGCUUCACCACCAACUAUAAAACCAAGCAAGGGGGGCUUCGUUUUGCUCACCUUCUGGAUCAGGUCUCCAGGGUAGAUCCUGAAAUGAGGAUUCGCUUCACCUCUCCCCACCCCAAGGAUUUCCCUGAUGAGGUUCUGCAACUGAUUCAUGAGAGAGAAAACAUCUGUAAACAGAUCCACUUGCCAGCCCAGAGUGGAAGCAGCCGUGUAUUGGAGGCCAUGCGGAGGGGAUAUUCAAGAGAAGCUUAUGUAGAGUUAGUUCACCAUAUCAGAGCAUCUAUUCCAGGUGUAAGCCUCAGCAGCGACUUCAUUGCUGGCUUUUGUGGUGAGACGGAGGAAGAUCACCUCCAGACAGUGUCCUUGCUCCGGGAAGUUCAGUACAACAUGGGCUUCCUCUUUGCCUACAGCAUGAGACAGAAGACACGAGCAUAUCACAGGCUGAAGGAUGAUGUCCCGGAAGAGGUAAAAUUAAGGCGUUUGGAGGAACUUAUUACAGUCUUCCGAGAAGAAGCAUCGAAAGCCAACAAGACCUCUGUGGGUUGUACUCAGCUGGUGCUGGUAGAGGGGCUCAGUAAACGCUCUGCCAAUGACCUGUGUGGCCGGAAUGAUGGAAACCUUAAGGUGAUCUUCCCUGAUGCAGAGAUGGAGGAUGUCACUAACCCUGGGCUCAGGGUCAGAGCCCAGCCUGGGGACUAUGUGCUGGUGAAGAUCACCUCUGCCAGCUCUCAGACACUCAGGGGACAUGUUCUCUGCAGGACCACCCUGAAGGACUUCUCAGCAAAUUGCUGACCUGAGUGGAUGGCCUUGGAGUUGACCUGAGCACUCCUUCUCAGCAGAAAAGCAGAUACCACUGGUCACUAGUGAAAAAGGUACUGAAGCUGCAGAGACAAGCUGCACGUGGUGAAGCACCUUUCUGUCAAACGAAAAUGCUGCUACAUAAACGUAAACAGCUUUUCUAAUCAUUAA